AUGUCCAAGCCGGCCGACAUGCCGCCCAUGACGUACAGAUUCCUGGGCCGAUCCGGCCUCCAGGUCUCUUCCGUCUCCCUGGGCGGAUGGCUCACGUACGGCGGCCACGUCGACAGAGAGGGCACGUUUGCGUGCAUGAAGGCAGCCUACGACUGCGGCGUCAACUUCUUCGACUGCGCGGAGGGCUACGCGGGGGGCGAGUCGGAGAUUGUCAUGGGCGAAGCCAUCAAGAAGUUUGGCUGGAAGCGCAACGACAUUGUUGUUUCCACCAAGAUCUACUGGGGCCAGGCAAACGGAGAAAACGCAGUCAACAACACCGGCCUCUCCCGCAAACACAUUGUCGAAGGCGUCAAGGCCUCCCUCGGGCGCAUGGACCUCGAGUACGUCGACGUCAUCUUCGCCCACCGCCCCGACCGCCACACGCCCAUCGAGGAAACCGUCCGCGCCUUCAACCACGUCAUCGACACGGGCAAGGCCUUCUACUGGGGCACGUCGGACUGGAGCGCCGACGAGAUCGCCCAGGCCUGGCGGUACGCCGACAAGCUCGGCCUCGUCGGCCCCGUCACCGAGCAGCCCGCCUACAACAUGCUGCAGCGCGAAAAGGUCGAGGCCGAGUUCGCCCACCUGUACCGCGAGACCGGGCUCGGCCUGACGGUCUGGUCGCCGCUGCGCCAGGGCAUCCUGUCGGGCAAGUACCGGGACGGCAUCCCCGAGGACUCGCGCUUCGCCCAGACGAGCGUCGACUUCAUCCAGGGCUACUGGAAGCGCACCAGCCAGGACACGUGGGACGGCAUCGUGGCGCAGGUCAACAGGCUCGAGCCCGUGGCCGACAGGCUCAACAUGAAGCUGAGCACGCUGGCCCUGGCCUGGGUGCUGAAGAACCCCAACGUCAGCACCGCCAUCACGGGCGCCAGCAAGGUGGAGCAGGUGUUCGAGAACUGCAGGGCCGUCGCGGCCGUGGACCAGCUGACGCCCGAGGUUAUGGACGAGAUUGACAGAGUGCUGAACAAUAAGCCUCCUGCCGUCACGAUGCGGUUCUAG